AGUUCGACUCAUCAAAGCGGCAAAGCGAACUUAUACAAAAGUCCGAGAAAGUGUAACCCCACAACACAACAUCCACCUACUUUCCACCCGGCCUCGACAUCCAAAGUAUAUCGGCCAUUCAGUCAACACACGAUUCAUAAGAAAUACAGAAGCACGAACAACCCGCAAUCAUGGCAGACGUUGCCGACCCCCCCGUUGAGCGUAAGCCCCGCAAAUCCGUAGCCUUCAGUGACGGUGCGACGAUUGUCGACGGCGAUGGAAACGUUACCGAGUCCACCGAGAGGAAUGGCGACAAAGACAGUGCCGAAUCGCAUGCAGCUGGUAGGUCCCACGUUGAAGGUGGGCCUUCCGAUGCGGACAAGGAAGUCGACGAAGUAACGGACAUGUUCAAGGACUUGGCCAAAAAGAAGAAGAAGAAGCCCAAGAAAGAGGACGCCGAUGACGCGGUCGCCGCCGACGGAGAAUUCGACCCAUCUGCGCUCAAGAAGAAAAAGAAGAAGAAGGUCAAGGCAGAGGAUGACUUCGAAGCCAAGCUUGCCGAAGCUGCUGGUGACAAGACUGAAGCUGCUGAGGAAGCACCUGCCGUUCAAGAGGGUGACAUGCUCAAGGGAACUGGCAUCUGGCAACACGAUGCAGUGCAACCUAUCAACUACGAACUCCUCUUGAACCGCUUCUUCAACCUCCUCCAAAGCCACCACCCCGAUCUCGCUUCUUCUGGCGGCAAGAGCUACAAGAUCCCUCCACCCCAAUGUCUCCGUGAAGGAAACAAAAAGACGAUUUUCGCCAACAUCGCCGACAUUGCGAAGAGGCUCAAGCGUUCUGAUGAGCACGUCACCUCCUUCUUGUUUGCCGAAUUGGGUACCUCCGGUUCCGUUGAUGGUUCGCGCCGACUAGUCAUCAAGGGUCGUUUCCAGCAGAAGCAGAUUGAGAACGUUCUCCGACGGUACAUUGUCGAAUAUGUCACUUGCAAGACAUGCCGUAGCCCCGACACUCAGCUCAAUAAGGGAGAGAACCGGUUGUACUUCGUCACUUGCAACAGCUGCGGCUCCAGGCGAUCCGUCACAGCGAUCAAGACUGGUUUCUCUGCGCAGGUCGGCAAGAGAAAGAGACAGCAGGGUUAAGCCACUCGAUGACGCGCACACUUCUUUGCACUUUCUUG